AUGCCCUGCCUUGUCCCGGUAGGCUGGAACGUCACAGAAGAUUCACCUCGCACUAGGCUGCCUGCAGCGGUGCUUGUCACGCAAUUCGAGCACCGCGUCGAUGUCUCCAUUGUAGGCUUCGAUGAUGUCUCGAAACUUCGUGCCAAAAAGGAAAUUGAGGGCAAAGUUAUCAGCUCCCGGUUUAUCGCUGCCCUCAAGCUUGUUCUGGACUCGAAUCGAUGCAAGAAGGGUCAAGCCCUCAAAGACGCAUCAUACCUGAAAGAAAUGAAGUUAACACCAGACAGCAUCGAAACCUGGUGUCUUGCUGUGCCAGUCAUGUAUCCCAAAGCCGACAAACCAAGCGAAGAGAUGCAGGACAACAUGACACGCGAGAUGAUUACCACCGUAAGAACCGUGAUCAACAAAGAUUACAAUACCGAUGACACUCUAGAGUUCGAGUCAGAAUCCGUCGCCGUAAUGGCACACCUAGCUGCGCGGCGAUCGCAGAGCUACGAGAAGCAAGACCCGAUAUUAGUGUGGGACGCUGGCGGCAGCACUGGGUACGACUUCGCCGCUGCCAUGGUGAUUGGGGGAGCUCUCGAGUUGAUUACUGCUGCGGGUGCGUCAUCCGGCACCUACUACAUGUGGGAAGAACUGAACAAGGCUUGCGGAUCCAACGAAAAAAAGUUCAACCCUGCCAGAAAAGUCAUGGAGGCUAUGACGGAGGCAUGCGAUAUCACAGACGGGGAGGCAUAUGACAUGUUGUCCAACUUGCAGCGAAGGGGGUACUCGACGCCGAAGAUCAUAGUGGUCGGUCGGGCUCCUGGCGCCAACUCAAUGAUCCAAGCGUUUCUAGUCUCGGAGCUCCAGGGGAUACUUCGCAAGGUAUUCAGAAGGCAGACUUUACCCGAUAUUGAGGUUCCAGGAGGCCUAGACGUCGGUACCAGUGUAUGCAGAGGCGCUGCUUUGCCAUACAACUGCGACCCUGUGAGCCUACCAAAGGAACUUCGGGGAAAGGACAAUGCCCUCGUCGUCAUAAAGAACAGCGGCGUUGACAAGCUGUCGAAGCAGUGGCUGUGCUGCCAGGUGGACGGUGCUCCUAAGAAGUUCGUGUACCUAUGCUGUUACCCGAAGGCGGCCGGGCUCACAAUGAACGCAUUGCUUAUCAAUCUGGAGGGGCAUGCAAAGGACGGGGACCGGAUAGAGUACAUGAUAUCCCAGCCCGACCCGCGAAAGCCGACUGCCGUUGCAAUCGAUGUCAAAUGCCCGAACGGCAGAGUGGCAACGCAAUGUGAGCUGAUCAAAGAUCGAGAAAGGUUACAGCUACGACUGGUAAAAGGACGCACCUUCCAAGACCACGACGAGGUUCUUCAGCUGGCGGCUCGCGCAGACGGCCAGGGUGAUGCGUACGACGGACCGGACACUGAACCAGAGGAAGGUUCCACCUCGGUCCAACUACCGCUGCACGCAAAUAAACGGGGACAAGAAAACGGGGGAAAAGCCUCCCCCCCAGGGCAAGAACCAGAAACGACGCAGACUGCCAGACCGGGCAGAUGCCAACGUUGA